AUGUCAUUUCUAGGGGGGCUUCCAUCCGAGAACAAAAGCAACUUCUCGGUGGUGGCCGCGAGGAAGCCUGGCGCCAGCAACAAGAUCAAGCCUUCUUCGAAGGCACCGGCUCUUUACACAGCCACGCAUGACACCGCCCCGCCCUCUAAUCAAGUCAUCGCCACGGAGAAGACGGACCUGCUGUUCCGCAAGCUGAUGCAGAAGCAGGAGGGCCUGAGCGGUGGUCACAAGCGGGAAGCGGACGACAAGGUCGAGGUGCAGGAACGACGCGCGAAGCAGAUCAAGACCUCUCGGGGAAGUGAAAAGGGCAAGGAGCGCCUGGACAAGGAAGAGGAGGAGAACGCCGCCGAAGACGAGGAAGAGGAGGAAGAGAAGACCCAAGCCGCCGUCGUGACGGCGCAGGACGACGAGGCAGAGCAAGAGGAAGAAGAAGCAGAGGUCACAACACAAGGGAAGAAGAACAGAAGGAAGAAGCCCGCCCGUUCCACCACACCAAAGAAGAAGAGAAAGACGGAGGACUAG